AUGAUGUUCGCCACUGUGUUCCCGCUGGCCCCGCUGUGCGCCCUGCUGAACAACGUCCUUGAGCAGCGUCUUGACGCGUACAAAAUGGUGGCGGUCCAGCGACGUCCCGUGCCCGCGUACUAUUGUGUCAAUAAGUACGCCCCCGUCCGCGGACAGACACAUUCGUGCUGCGAUAACUGUAUGAAGAUGGGCACGUGGACACGGGUGUUGAAAAUCUUGUCCGUCACUUCCGUCCUCUAUAACGUGAGUACACACAGCCCAUUACAAUGGUAGGUUAAUAGCGGAUAUCUGGGGUGUCCGGCUGCGACUGUUGGAUCACCCACCCUCCCCGUUUAGGUUUUCCACGCUUUAUAUUAGUACUCUAUUGACCAAAAUAUUGCAGAUAUAGUAACAUUGGUGUAACUUGGUAGCUAAAUAAUUUGCACCAGUUCUACUUAAUAUUUAAAUCGCCUUAUCUUAAAACUUAAGUACCUAUGUUAAAAAACUUAAAUUGCUAUAACCUUAAGUCAAAUUUAACAGUAUAAAAACCGCUUCUCGUGGAUCAAUGUAUAAAAAUAGUUCGUUAGUUUUUUGAGGGUAGUGUUUUUAGUCGAAGGUGGUUUUAGGGAUUAGACAACAUAUUAGUAGUUCUCAUAAAGCUCUAUUUAGAACGGUCGCUCUAAGUUAAAACCUUUAGGAGUCAUACACUAUUAAAAAUUGAGGAUGAGGUGGGUUUCUCACGACAAUAUUUACCCAAGAUAAAAAGUAGCCGCUAUAUCACUACCCAGUCCUCCGACUAUCUAAAACAUCACGAAUGACUUUUUGGACAACGAUGACGAGAUUUAGACGAAUUUUUUUUACUCUGGACUGCUCCGUCAAAUAUGCAUAUACGAGGUAUGAUUAUUUUUCAACGCUUGAUGACAAUGGUUUAUAAAAACGAUUUAGGUUGACUGUAGAAUCGUACUCUUGAGUUGAUUAAAAAUGAUUUAGAAAACUCGAUAUAUUUGCAAGUGACUGGUAAACACAAACAUGCACAUCAAAUAAAAGACAAUUUAAUAUUUUUAAUUAAAUGUAUGCGUAUUUUCAAUAACUGAUAAUAGAAAAUUUACUUAUUGAUAACAAUGAUAACCAAUUUAGUAAAAUUUUUUAAAUUUUUGUUUGUAAGUACAACAUAUUUUAUGUUUUGCUUAAUAUAAAUGAUAGGUUAAGUUAGGUUAUCGACUUGGUUAUUUUGUAUUAUAUUAGUAGGUAAAAGGAGAAAUAGCCAUCAAAUACAUAUAAGUAACUUAAAUAUGAAAUACUUACGCAGAAACAGUUAAAAUAGAAUUAGAUUUGAACAGAUAUAUUUGAUGACGCAAAAUAUGCGAAAUUUGCGUAUUUUCAGGAUUUGAAAUUCUCCGUCUCUUUUCAAAAUUUGGAUAUAGCGGAAGAAUGGGUGUAAAAAUGAACGUCCCGGUUUUUGUUAAUUUUUAUAAAAAUUUCAACACUCCGAUCUGACUUUGCCCGUGUACCAACACCAAUAAUACCUUUGAUUUGCGUAUUUAUAUAUUAUUUUUAAGGCGUUCAUGAUAGCGUUCACCAGUGACCUGUUGCCACGAUACAUUUAUUCUCAAAUUUCGACCGAAAAAUCAUCAUCGCUAGACGGUUAUGUAGCUUGGGCGUUGUCUUCGAGUACGUAUUAUAAACGGACGACAGCAGUGUACAUACAUGAAUUUCAAAUUGUGUAAUAUUAUACGGUUGCAAACUCUGCGUUGUCGCAUACUAAAUAAUUGCGUGUGUGUCUAUUUUUCUAACAUAAUAUUUUGUCCACGCACAGAAAAAAACAUCAGUGAAUACGAUCAGCCCAAAGAUGUAGUCGAACAGGACGGUGAAGUUUGCCGACUCAGGGGAUACGACAUAGCAGACUCCGAGGAUUACAGUGGACAUUGGCAAGUGUUAACUGCACGGUUGACCUUUGUUAUCGCAUUUGAGGUAAAUAAUAUUCGAUAUUAAAAUAUAAUACGAAAUGGAAAUAUUAUCUAGAUGGUACUUUAGGGAGGUCAUUUUUUGUUUUUCCAAGUGGUUUUCAUAAUAUCUGGGAUAACCCGGGACAAAACGUAAAAAAAAAAAAAAAACCGAGAAAUUUACCAAAAUAAUGCUUUUCAAUGUUUUCAAUUUUUUAGGUUAGGCAAUUCGGUUCAAAAUAUUCAUAGAGACUUGAAAUUUGGACAGAUAAAUUAUAUUAGCCUUUUAUAGACAUGAUAACAUUUUCAAAACUUUUGAGUCUUUUAUAAAAAUAUUCGUAUGGACUUUAUGGACUUGAAAUUUAGAUACUAAAUCUAUAUUUGCCUUUUCUAGACAUGGUCAAAUUUUCAAAAAAUGUUAACCAUUUUGAUUAUUUUGAACUAUUUAUAGCCAUUUAAAUUUUGAGUUGUGUACGUAAUUUUUACUCGGUAAGUACUUUGUGUCGUACUUUGUCGUCUAAAAAAAAAUUGAGCUUAGUGUAGUAUUUUUUUUUUUUUUUUUUUUUUAAUGGUUUUAGUAACAAAUUAUGAUGAAAAUCGUUUAAGUAAAAAAUUAUAUGGAACAAAUCUAAUUUUUAAAUUUUUUAUUUUGAACAUAAGUAUAUUGCCGAUUUAAAAACGAUAGUAAAGUCACAAAUUUAAGCAGACUGACUUAGUUUCAAAAUUAUAGGUUUUUGAAGUUCGGAUCGUAUGCGUAUGUUAUAAUAUGUGUUAUGUUAAACAAUUCAAUUUUGUAUACAUUACAUUAUGUCUGUCGUAGUUUAGUGGUAUUACCGAUAUGUUAUUAUCCCAGAGAUCGCAAAAACCUAAACGGAGAAAAAAUAAAUUUUGUGUGUACAAUUUGGGUAUACCAAGAGCCUCAAGUCAUCGCUCGCUCGGGCUAUUUUAAUCGAAAAAUACCCCUCGAUUUGUUGUGCAAAUUUUUCCAUCAGAAAUCUUGCUCAGAUGUGUCAAGUGUAACACCUUUUCUGAAAGAUAAUUUUAUCUACAAGGUACUUUAUAGUAGAGUAUACGUAUAGAGGUCGUUUUUAACUAUUCCAGGAGAUUUCCCAAUAAUUGGGAAAAACCGGAAAAAACGUAUACAAUAUUAAACAAAUGUUAAAAAAUAUAAUGCAUAUUUAUGUUAUUAUUUUGUCAUAAUGUGACAUGUAUGAAUGUUGUUAACAAAGCAAUGGUUAACCGUUGCUUAUACAAAUAUACAUUAAGUUUCCCUUCUAUACCAUCUCAUUUUCUUAUCUACAAUAGUAGCCCACCCCCGUGCGAAGUAUGUCAGUCUUUUUUUUUAUCCGUGAACAACCUUUUUACCAAAAAUCUUGCUCUGAUUUUUAAAUAUAGUACCUUUUCUGAAAAGAAAUUUCAUCUGGUAGUACACAAGGAAGGUUUUUGUUUGAUUUUCCAAGUAACUUUUAAAAUAAUUGGGUAAAACGGAAAAAUGUACGUGCACGUUUAAAAGAAACUUCGCUCUUAUUCUUUUAUCAUUAGCAAUGGUUUAUAUCGUUGCGUACAGAUAUAAAUCAACUUUCCUUCUAUAUAUAGCUUACCUUCCCAACUUCUCACCUAUAACUGUGGCCCACCUAUCGCGUGAAGUAGGUAUUUCCGUCUUUUUUUUUUCUAGUUAUCAUUUUAGGAAAACGUUUAGAUAUUAUCUACGUAUAUUUAAUCUAUAAUAUAAGAGACUUCGCAGACUACAGACUUUUUAUCGGCCGACAGUUUAGUCACACUGGGCCAACUAUAAACAGUUUGGUUAGUGGCGAGUACGUAAACCAGCCAAAAGUCUACUGCUCUGGAAAAAUGUUGCAAGUUGUUACACUUCUGCUGACGAGAGCAGUUGCUUUAAAAUGUUGUCUAGAAAUGUAAUUCUUGCGUUAAUACAACGGAGAAGAAUUACGAAGAGAACGGAGAGAAGAAACAAAGAGCACUGGGUGCAUCCAAUCUAUAGUAAUGGAUUAUUACAAGGAAAAUGUUAUACUUUGCAUUCCAAAUUACUGGAUUUCCCAGGAAAAAAAACGAACCGACGACUUUCAAUUUUUAUCUAAGUACUACGCAACAAUUAUAGUUAUAAUUAUUUAAGAUUAUUAUUUUUGAUUUGGUAAAUAAUGAAUUUGAUUGACGGCAUGAUGGCAUGAUAUACGUGCCUUGCUUUGUUUUGUCCUGAGCGCUAAGCUCAUUUCAAUCGGGAACAACUGUUUCACAAACUUUCUCCCAUAGUUUUUCUUCUCAUUCAUAUCAGAGUACUCCUUUCAAUAUUUUUUUUUAUAGAGCGCUGGUUUUUUUUACAAUUUCCACUAUCAAAUUUUCAAUUGACGUUUCGGUGAGCAUCGACAUCGUACACUUAACGUACUAUCUUCCUGCUCCGAAGCUCUGAGCAAAUGAAACUAUCGGCCGAAUGGCGGACUAAAAAUCGGCAAGUGUGCGCGCGUGGAAUGAUCGUCGUAUUGAUUAAGCAGUCGGCCGAUAGUUCGCCGACUGUUUAAUUUAAAGGUAAUCGUGAAGCCCAACAAACUUAUUAGUCGGCCGAUAUUAAAUUGUUUUAAUGUGUGCUCUUGCAUACAUCGUCAUACUUAUUUAAAACCUGACUAAAUUAUCGGCCGAUAAAAAGUCUGUACUCUGCGAUGUUUUAAAUAAGAGUGUUUCUAACUAAUGAGAUUUCCGAUAUCUUUGUUCUUCUUGCGCGUUUAAUCGUUUUCCGCACAACUGUUUUCGUGGAAAUCCAUUUACAUAUUUUAUUAUUAUUAUUAUUAUUGUGUUAAUCCGGCUAACGGGAAUCCCUUUGGGACUUGGGAAUAAUAAUAACCGUAUUAUCGUCGUUUCUAAACUCAAAUACCUGUAAAACGAUACUGUUUUCUAAUGCUAGGUAGGAAAUCCGAUUGGUUAGGCGUUAGGUUGGGUGUAGUCAAUUUGCACCAAAAGUGACCUUAAUUGACCCUAACAUGUGUAAUUUGCACCAAUAUUUUUAAACUGCGUUUGUAAUUUGCACCAAAAUAAAGAUAUGUAAUUUGCACCACCUCAGGUAGUUAGAAAUAGAAAUUGUAACUUGCACCAAAAUUUUAAUCGAUUAUUCUUUCGAUAGUAUCGAUAGUACGAUUUUCGAUAUUAUAGUAUACUAUACUAAAAAGUUGAAUAAAUAAUUUCGGACAAUAAUCAAAUGUCCCGUCAAGAUAUAUUGUUUCACUUUUACAUAAGAAAUCAAUAUUUGUGUGCCAAGAAAAAAUAAUUAUAUUUUUAUCAGAAUUAUUUGAUAAAAUAAAUGGUUCACCUUUAUGAGUUUUAAUAUCCAUAGUUAACAGCAUUGUAUGAACUUCAUUUAAUGAUACUGGCGAUGAUAUUUUGGCAAUAUUUUCCUUUUACUAUUGUAUAUAUUACGACGUAUAUCAGUAAUGUUCUUGGUGGUACAAACAUUGGACUCUAUUGAAUUUUGUACUACAUUUCUUAAAAUUUUGGCUGGUUUUUCGUACGGUGUUUCUUGUGCCUUUGUUUUACAUAAUUGAUUCAAUUUAUAAAUAUAUAAGUUCUUUUCAUCGUGAUUGAUGUGUGAACUUUCAUCACGGAUGAUCGUCAUAUUUUCACCACUUGUGAAUAACUUUGCAGAACAUUUUCUCUGUGUACACCGCCAACGAAUUAUGUUCGUACUUUUUGUUUUAUAUGCAAAAUAAAAAGUAUGACUGUUAUAUUCUAAAAUAUCUUGCCCACGAUUACUUUUUAUUAUUUUAACUUCCAUACCUACUACAAAAAAAACUCCUCGAAACUACUAAAAAAAACAAACGUGGUAAACGAGAUAAUAUUUCCUAUAACGAUGAAACGGAAAGACUAAAGGCUAGAUUAGUAUUUGGUCGAAAUAAUCACGCGAUUACAACGGACAUUGAAAUGAUUACCAGAUAAGGUGGAUAAAUCCCGGAAAUAAAAUACAUUCCUAUGAUAAAAGAGAGAAACAGAAUAUUGUAAAGAUAAACUUAUCUUACACAAAACAAUAAUGUUUGUAUUUUUAAAAAUAUUAACCCAACUACAAUUUUCUUUUAUACCACUAUGGAUUAAUCGAAUAGGUACUUGACAAACGAUAAUCGAAUACAUAGUUACUCAUUUUGGUGCAAAUUACAAACACUGUUUUCGGCUACCUGUAGUGGUGCAAAUUACUAACUCCCGUUAGGUUAGGUGACACUAGGGGACGACUAGGAUUCGAUUCCCGACUAAUCGUCAACAAGUAUUGAAUGUGUACAUGUAGUGGUAAGUUAUGGUUUAGUAGGUCCCUCGUAAAAUUUGGUUUGCCCCACCCAAUGCUUUGGUCUGGCUAUGGGCAAAGUCAAACAAUAAUAAAUAACAUUGUUCGCGACGAAUACGGGUGUUUUCAAGCGUUUUUAAAAUAACUAUUAUAUAAUAUAUUAGUAAUCGUUAAUAUUAAUCGAAUAUUAUGAAAGAGAAUAUAUAAUGCAUAUGUAAUUAUUUUAACAUAAUAUGACAUAUAUAUUGUUUACAAAGCAACACUAGCCACUGAACUCUGCUUAGAAUUUUUUUUUCAUUAACAAUGGUUAAUCAUUGCUUAGCAGAGGUACAUUAAAUUUACCCUCUACUACCUCCAUACUUCACUUAUAACAAUGGCUGCAUCCGUCCAUAUUUAUAUCCUAGGACAGCUUUUUAAGUUUACAUUCUAUCCACAGAAUAAUUUAUAAUCUGCUUGCAAAGCAGAUAUUGGGUAUUAUGAUAAUACAUUACAAGGGUUCACCUCCAAAAUAGCAAAAAUAAAAAAUGGAACAUAAUUUAUACUAAAUACUAAUUUGUUUUUUUUAUGUAAUUUUAUAUUUACAAACUUAUUGAUAAAUAGACACUAUGUGUAUAAAUACUUAAUACCUACUAUGUGUGUUAAAUUAUUACAAGAAAUAUGUUAUAUUUAGCUGCAUGUAUGACAUGCUAAGAUAGUGAUUUUAACAAUUUUUCAAAAAGUAACUUUUGCAAUAAAAAUGUAAAAAAUUAAGACAUAAUUAAAUUUAUUUUCAAUGUUUAAAAGUAUUCAUAUAAAUAUAUAAACAAAAAAAAACAAAAUAAUUACGUAUUGAAGUAAAAUUGUAACAGUAUAAUAAAAUUUAUCAUAUUUAGCAUAUGGUGUUCACAGCCAAUGAGGUUCAUUUUUUAGAAUUUUAUUUUGCAUUCAACAAACUUUUAUUCAAAUUAGUGUUAAUUAAAAUACAUUGAUAAUAAAUACCUACUCAAUAUAAAUAUUAUACCUAAUAAUAAAAUGUGUUAUAUAUUAUUUAGACAAUUAUUUAUAGUAGGUAGUUUAUUUUAAGGUAUCAAAAGUAGGUAGGUAGUAUAACAUUCCAUUAUAUAAAUGGGCAAUGAAUAAUUUUAAACAUUGUUGAUCACUAAUCAGUGAAAGAACAGACAAAUGCUCUUUUAGUAUUUGUAAUUUCUAAACGAUGUAUUAUGUAAAAGAAAUUGUGCAUGUGUAUUUUUAAGUUAAAUUUGUCAGUGGCACAUUUCUAUGGAUAUCCAUGAUUGUAAAAUAUACUCUUUCAAGUAACUACUUACAUAAUAUAUUUCAAUAGGAAUAUAAUUAAAUUGUAUAUAUGUUCAAAUAUUAUAGCAUUUAAUUACAUAUUAUGCUUGAAACAAAAUAGUAAAUUACCCUCAUACCUAAAUCAUGACAAUGUUUACAUGAACGGUUAGCUAAUAAAUUAUAAUGAUGCAUUAACAAAAAAUCAUAAAUUAUAAUAAAGGUUGGUAUAAAAGAUAUAACAGACAUAAUGCGGUGAAAAUGUGCAUUAGUCUUUAUUUUCGGGAAGAAUUUGAUGAAAACUGUUAGAACAACUUAUGACGAAUUCUUUAUCAAUUUUUCGAGUUUUCUGUUUGUUAACAAUGAAAGCAUUGAAUUCCAUGGAAUAACUGCGCGUAAUUAUUCACAUAUGUUAGGUAACCUACAUAACAAUAGUGUUUAAGUUCGCCGCUUUAUUACUACCUGCCUAGUGUCUCAUAUUCAAUUAUUUAUUUUAAACUAUUCCUUUAAUAAUGUAUUUUAACAGCAUUGCGUGAUUGCGGCCUUGAUAGUGCUAGUGUAUUUCAUCAGGAAAUUAUUUAGAGCGAAAAAACGAGGAACAUCGGAAAAAGUCAAGAAAACUGGAGUAAAUGACAAGGAUGCUGCGACUAAAAAUGGUCGUCCGCCAAGAGUGACUGAGGAUACGUUAUCAACGUCCGUGGUGAUGGUAGACAUGGAAAAUGAAGAUGGACGAGAAACUUUGUGGAUUCCGGCUAGACCAGAGAAAAUCGAAAAAAUUCCCUGA